AUGACUGACCAAGAAAAGAGUUGCGAUGUCAAACUGACCUCUGACACCUAAAAAAAUGUUCAAAAACAAAAGACCGGAUUAAAGUAGAUCAAUCUUGAUAAUCUGGUGUACAAUAAGAGAGAGAGAAAGUAAACCGGUACUCAAGCACUUCAACCCAUGCCUGUAAUUUAGCACCCCAAAGUCAUCACUCAGAAUAAGUAACCUCGUAAAAAGAAGAAUACUGAAUUGCAGACCCCGCCAAGAGAAGAGGUGUAGCAAAACCAAGAACCAACUUAAAUCAAAUAAUUACCAAUAUCCUGUGAAUAAUUGGUUCUCGAAUCCGACAACUCUUCCGAGUUCGAUCCCAAGAUCAAACACAAGAAAUCCAAAAAGUUUCGUAGGACUCACAAACACAUAGAUCUUGAAGACUCCUCCGACGAAGUCCAAUACAAAAGCAGACUCAUUCUGAAGAGAGUCAACAAGAUCUUUAAAAAAUCUUAUGAACAAAAAUAAAUCCUGUCUUAAGGUAGUGAACAAGAGAACCUAGUCAAAGAACUAUUCAAGAACAUUUAUGUCAAGAUAUUUCAAGAUAUUCCUGUGACUGCCGCUGAAUUGAAACAACUAACCUAACCUGAGUGCUCAACAGGAUAGGAAGGCGAUGGCAAGUAACUGGAAGAAGAACCGAAAUAAGAUGACGAACCUCUGAGAGUAUUGACUGAAAAUGGAACAGAUUUUGAAACUAAACGUAAUUUAAAACUGUUAGGAAUUGAAAAUUAAGAAAUACUAUCAAAAUUGGGAGAAAUUAAAUCUUAUAUUAAUUGUGAUAUUAGAUACUUUAACAUUGACUUCCUAGUCGAGAAAGUGGGUGGCUUUGAUGUUGUUUUGAUGGAUCCUCCCUGGAGAAUCAAGGGUGGUUAAUAGAAUGAUUCUUCUUUUAUGUUCACGAAUAGCAAAUUCUCUUUGGAUUACAACACUAUGAGCAAUCAAGAGAUUAUGGAUAUUAAAAUAGAGAAGUUGAGUAAGAAGGGAUUCCUAUUUCUUUGGAUCCUCAACACUCAACUCAAUAUUGCAUAUGAAAUGGCUAGUAAGUGGGGAUAUGAAAUAGUUGAUCAAAUUAUUUGGGUAAAAUUGAAUCCAUAAGGCAAUAACGUUUAUCUUUCUACAGGAUAUUACUUUAUGCACUCAUUUGAAAUAUGUCUGGUUGGGUAUACAAAUAAACAUGUGGAAUACCACUCAAAAAUAUCGAAUAACAUAAUCUUUAGUCCUGUUAGAAAUAAAUCCUAGAAACCGAUCGAGUUAUACGAAAUCAUUGAAUUGAUGAUGCCAGGAUCCAAGAAAGUGGAAAUCUUCGCCAGAAAUCAUAAUCUAAGACAUGGAUGGUUUUCUAUUGGAAAUCAAUUGGGAGAAACCUUUUAGAAGUGGUUGGUCUAGAUAAGUUGUAAUAUCUGCGGGAUCUCUUUGCAACCAGGAAUUUGUAGAUAUAAAUCUAAAAAAAUUGCCAAUUUUGACAUUUGCUAGAAUUGCUACAAUCAGAAUAUUCAUAAUGGAGACUUCACUGAGAAAGAAAUGUUCUUCUUGGCUAACAAAGCAGACGAGGAAGUCUUACAUCAAUAUCACUAAUGCAAUGGUUGUGAUCAGAAUCCCAUCUGGGGAGCUAGAUUUGAAUGUGUCACUUGUGAUAAUCAUGAUUUUUGCGAGGCUUGCUUCGAUAAUCUAUUGAUAACUGGAGAUCCUGCUCAUAAAGAUCAUGACUUCAAAGUGAUAGAACUACCUACUUUUGCUGAAGGCAUACCUUGUCAUGAUGCAAAAUGUAAUGGAUGCUUUCAAAAACCCAUUUUAGGAGUGUAAUUUGUUUGUAAAUAGUGUACGAAUUUUAGUUUAUGCUAAAAUUGUUUCUUCACUAGAACACAAUCAGAAUUGAAUGGACAAAGACAUAAAGCUGAUCAUCGCUUUGAACCCAUUUAUGAAGUUUAGAUUUAUCAAAAGAAAACCUAUAAGUGCUAAGGUUGCGAAUUGGAGAAAUCUGGAAGUGUUUAUAAGUGUGAAAACUGCUUUGGAUUUUAUUUUUGCGAAGAAUGUUAUGUACUUAAAAAAGAUGAUUGGAAAUGUUAUGUAGCCACCAGUCAUAAAAAUUAUCACACAUUUAUCAAGAUAUGA